GGACGCGCUGUUUACUGAACUCCGGCUCCGUGUGUGAAGUGAAGACUAGCGGAUAUAAAAGUGUAGAUUAGGAGUUUUAUAUAUUUAUUGUCAGCAGAUUUAGCUCAGCUACAGCAGCGGGUUCAGUAUCAGGCGGCGGGUUGUGGCGGUUCAGUACAGUUAGUUAGCGAAUCUGCUAAUUUCCCACAGUGUUCAGAUGCCUCUGAUUCAGCAGCACCGCGGUAACCGGCUUCCUGCGUUACAGUAUUUACAGCUACAUAUCAGCUAACGACCACCGGCUGCUCCACGCACCCAGAGCGGGGCAGAAAUAGCUCGACAAUGACGAUGGAACUGGAUGUCUUUGUGGGAAACACCACCAUCAUCGAUGAAGAGGUGUACCAGCUGUGGUUGGAUGGAUUCUCAGUGGCUGAUGCGGUGAAGAUGCGGCUGGAGAACGGUGCGUUGGGCGAGUGUGAGGUCAGUGGAGAGGUGUUGCAUAGUGACACCAUGGACCAGUACAGAACCUUCCAGAUGUGUGAGCGACUACUGCACUGCCCAUCUAAGCUGGCCAAUCAGCUUCUCUUUCAGAUACCUGCUCACCACCAGGCCAUGCUCAUUGAGAGGUACUAUGAGUUUGAUCACAUGUUUGCCAGAGAGGUUCUGGGAAAGAAACUUUCUAAAGGGACCAAGAAGGACUUGGAUGACAUCAGCUCAAAAACAGGGAUUGCUCUCAAGAGCUGCCGUCGACAGUUUGAUAAUUUCAAGCGGGUGUUUAAAGUGGUGGAGGAGCUGAAGGGCCCCCUAGCGGAGAAUGUUCAGCAUCACUUCCUCCUGUCUGACCUACUGGCCAAGGACUAUGCUGCUGUUGUAUUUUUUGCAAACAGUCGCUUUGAGACAGGAAAGAAAAAGCUGCAGUAUCUCUCUUUUCAGGAUUUUGCCUUCUGUGCUUGUCAGCUCAUCAGCUAUUGGACCGUAGGAGCUGUUGAUAACAUGAUGGACGACAUGGAUGUAGAUCUGGAGAAAGAGUUUCUGCAUGAUCUGAAAGACUUGAAGGUUCUGGUUAAUGACAAGGACAUGCUGGACCAACAUAAAAGCCUAGUGUGUUCCCAGCUCAGGGGAAGAAUCAGAGUCUUCACUGAGAUGGAGGCCAACUUUAAGAACCUUUCCAGAGCCCUGAUUAACAUCGCCUCCAAACUCACCAACACCAAAGACGUGAGGGAUUUGUUCAUCGACCUGGUGGAGAAGUUCAUUGAACCGUGCAGAUCUGAUAAAUGGACAGCUGGAGAUCUCACACUUUUCCUCACCCACUACACCAGUACUGCCAGCACUCUGGAGACAUUCAGGUAUCAAGUGAUAUGGGAAAGAUACAUGGGCGUUGUUAAAAGCUGCAUCCUGAAAAUGUACCAUGAUUAAAACAAAGCUGGUCUCUGCAGUGUUGUGUGUGUGUGUGUGUUUUCCUGUUUACACCUGGUCACAUCAUGUAAAACAUGCAUUUAUACUUAGUCAAAUGUGUCUCUGGAUGCCUUGGUGUCGUAAGUCGUAUAAGGAGAACUUUUGUUUUUUAAAUGCAUAUUUUGUAGAGAUGGAUGUAUUUACACUAGGCCUGCAAUGAUUAGUCGAUAUAAUCGGCCAUGUCCAUUAAUUACAUUUGUCGACUACAAAUUUCAUUGUCGAAUAAUCGUUAAUUUGUAACAGUACUGCAUUAUACAAAGUGCUGGGGACAGAAGCGCAAUGGGAGAUGGGUAAUGGGCUCACUUAAACAGUUUACAUUUAACUUAGUCUCCAAAAGUGCCCAAAUAUAACAGAUUACUAAUUUAAACACUAUGCCUUUAAAAUCUCAUGUCCAGCUCUUUCUAUUGUUUUUAGAGAUGGAGAACAUGGCAGAAAUAAUCGUUGACUAAUCGACUAAUCGGAAAAAAGAAUCAUCAGAUUAGUCGACUACCAAAAUAAUCAUUAGUUGCAGCCCUAGUUUACACUGCUAUAACAUGGCUCAAAUAUGUAUCAGCCAACCUCCUGAUGUGAAUUGAGUGAUUUGAAUUUGUAUCUAAAAAUGCAAAGAAUAUUCGACAAAUUAUUUGUCUGGAAAUAGCAAAAAAAAAAAGCUGGAAAGCUGUUGGAAAACCAGUAAAAGGACUUUAUUUUAAGUCAUAUAGUUCUGGUAUAUGUUGGUAUAUAUAUAUAACAUAUAUAUUAAGUCAGACAUAAUUAAGUAAAUGUUGGUUAUAUAAUUCAGGCAUUUUUGGAAAAAAUGAGACCUUACUCAAAGUACAUGAAGCAACCA